AUGUCCAUGGCUAUGAUCUCAGAGUACGUGCUAAAUGGCAAGGCCAAUAGUGCUUUAGAAGUGUUUAGGUGGUUUCUUCAGGAGAAAAUGAGUCCAAACUCCCUCACCAUGGCAAUCAUCUUUACGACUUUACCUGCAUGUGCCAGCCUAGCGGCUCUGAAACUGGGCGUGGAAUUGCAUGGCAAAAUCCUGAAGAAUGGGCCAGUAUUAGAAGGUAAUGUUCAUUUAGAAAGUGCUGUUAUGGACAUGUAUGCAAAAUGUGGAAGGCUGGAUCUUGCUCACCAAAAUUUCAGAAGAAUGCAUGUGAAGGAUGCUGUUUGUUGGAACUCCAUAAUUACUAGCUGUACCCAGAACAGCAAACCAGCAGAGGCCAUAUAA